UUUUGGACCCCACCCGCCGAGUUUCCAUUCUCUCAAGUCUCAACUUGACCAAAACUCUGUCACAAGAUGGAUGUUGAGAAAUGAAGAAAACGAUGAACAAGGAAUUUUGUUUAUGGCAGCUUUAAAAUAACCCGGAGUGUUACAGGCGAGUUGAGAUUUACGUGACCUGAAUAAAGGUUUGGAAACUAUGAACGGGAACGACGUGCUUGAGAUGGACUCCGUGUCUGAUACCGAGGGGGAGACGGUGAUUGGCAUGAUAGACGAAGAAAUUGUUUACCCAGAGGAGUUUUUGCCGACCUAUCACAGUAUUAGAGAAGGAGCCACAAUAGCCAAAGUAAUAGAGGUUGAGUUUAAUGGCAAAAAAGACACACUUUUCUUCAACGAUGGCAUCCGGAGGAUUGACUUCAUCCUGGUGUAUGAAGACGAGGACAAGAAAGAGUUUGAGAAGAAGCACAUCUUUGCAAGACGCAAGAGACGGAGAGAGUAUUUUGAAGCCAGCCUGAUGAAGAUGGGGAUGGAGCUGGAGGCCACACGAUCUGUUGUGGAUGAGAAGCUGAUGUUCCUUAAAAUCCACAUGCCCUGGGAUGUCCUGUGCACGUACGCAGAGGUCCUUCACAUUAAAGUUCCCAUCCAACCCAAUGACCUGUCCUGCCGUCCGUCUCUAUGGAACUAUGUCUCCUGGGUCACUAAACCAUUUUACCCAAACGAAGACCUCAUCCGCAAAGAGGCCGAGUACUUUACCGCUCCUUUUGAGAAGGACCGCUUGGAGUACUUCUAUAUUAAAGACAAAGACUUGUUUUUCACACCAUCCAUGAGGAGUAGGAUGGCCUACUACAUUCUGUGCCGGGCGCCCUAUGAAAUACGAGGGAACAUUAAGAAGUUUGGCAUCACUAAACUCUUGGACGGUGGUGUGUACAAAGCUGCUUACCCAUUACAUGAUUCCAGGUUUAACGUAAAGUCCACUGAAGAAGAUUGUCCGAAUGAGAGGUAUCUUCUGUUUCAAGAAUGGGCCCAUCCCAAAAGCUUCUACAAGAUGCAGCCACUAGACUUAAUAAGGAAAUAUUAUGGAGAGAAGAUUGGCAUUUAUUUUGCCUGGUUGGGCUUCUACACGAUAAUGCUCACUGUGGCUGCUGUGGUGGGACUGGGCUGUUUCAUCUACGGAUACAAGACACAAGAAACCAGCACAUGGAGUAAAGAGGUGUGUGACCCUGAUAUCGGAGGGCAGAUUGUGAUGUGUCCACAAUGCGACAAACACUGCAAAUACUGGAGGUUGAAUAGCACAUGCGAAGCCUCGAAGAAACUUUGUAUAUUUGACAAUUUUGGAACACUAGUUUUUGCUGUUUUCAUGUCAGUAUGGGUGACUCUGUUCCUGGAGUUCUGGAAGCGCUACCAGGCAGAACUCGAAUACGAAUGGGACACUGUGGAGUUUCUGGAGCAAGAAGAGCCGCCCCGCCCCGAAUAUGAGGCCAAGUGUAUCUAUGAACAUAAAAACCCUGUCACUGGGGUAAAGGAAAAAGUGCCUUAUUCAACAUGUGGAAGAUGCAUGCGUCUAUCAGUAGGAAUAGGGACUGUGUUGUUCUGGAUUAUGUUGAUUAUUGCAUCUGUUGUUGCGAUCACCAUCUAUCGCCUGGCUGCUUUCUUUGCCUUCUCCACCACUCUUCGCACAGAAGACCUUAAAGAACUGGAGCCUCUGAAGGAGUAUGUGACUCCCCAAAUGGCCACUUCGGUCACUGCGUCACUCAUCAAUUUUGUGGUUAUAAUGAUCCUAAACAUGCUGUAUGAGCGAGUGGCCAUCUGGAUCACAGACUUUGAGCUUCCUCGCACCAGGACAGAAUAUGAGAACAGCCUGACUCUGAAGAUGUUUCUUUUUCAGUUCGUCAACUAUUACUCCUCCUGUUUUUACAUUGCAUUUGCCAAAGGGAAGGCUGUGGGCUAUCCCGGACAGCCUGUGUAUCUACUGGGAAAAUACAGAAAUGAAGAGUGUGAUCCUGGUGGUUGCCUCAUAGAACUGACCACUCAGCUGUCUAUCAUCAUGGGAGGUAAAGCUAUCUGGAAUAACAUCCAGGAGGUCUUGUUGCCAUGGCUGAAAAACCUGUAUGCUCGUCACUGCAGUGGUCAGAGUAUAGCCUCAGAUAAAGGGUGUCCUCGAUGGGAGCAGGACUACCACCUCCAGUCUAUUUCCAAAAUAGGACUUUUUUAUGAGUACCUUGAGAUGGUGAUCCAGUUUGGCUUUGUGACCCUGUUUGUGGCAUCAUUCCCUCUGGCUCCAGCCCUGGCUCUUGUCAAUAACCUGUUUGAGAUCCGAGUGGAUGCCUGGAAAAUCACCACUCAGUUUCGCCGCAUGGUCCCAGAGAAAGCCAGUACCAUUGGAGCCUGGCAGCCCAUUCUCCAGGGAAUCGCAAUUCUCGCUGUGGCCACAAAUGCCAUGAUCAUUGCCUUCACUUCGGACAUGAUUCCUCGUCUGGUGUACUACUGGUCCUUCUCUGUGUAUCCUUAUGGACAAAAGUACAGUCACACUAUGGAAGGGUACAUCAACAGCUCCUUGUCCAUUUUCAACAUCAGUGACUUCCCCGAACAAAGCCGCCCUCUUAGCCCUACCUACAACAUCACCACAUGCAGGUAUCGAGAUUUUCGGUAUCCCCCAGGACACACCCGCGAGUAUGAGUUCACUGUUUACUAUUGGCACGUGGUAGCUGCCAAAAUGGCUUUUAUAAUUGUUGUAGAGCAUAUUGUUUACUUCACUAAGUUUGUCCUGUCCUAUUUGAUCCCUGAUGUCCCUUACGCUGUCAAAGAACAAAUUAAACGAGAGAAAUACUUGACACAGGUUAUUCUCCACGAGACCAACCUCAAACUUGUGACCAAACGUUUAAAAUCUCCAGAGGAUGAAAUAACGGAAGGAACAAUUGAUCAUCUGUCAGCCGAGGAGGGGGAUUUUGACUGAGAAAACUUGUAAAAGCCUGUUACAGUGGAUAAUACAAUACAAAGAAAUGCAAGUAUAAAAUAUAGAGAGAUUCUGUGCACAUUUUUUAAAAUGCGAAAUGUGUAGAAUUUUGGCACUUUAUUUUUCAUAACAGAACAAAAUCUGUCAAGUUCAAGAUUUGUGUAUGUCUGGAGAGCUUUUUGAGUAAUAGUACAUUGCCAAAACUGUGAUACUGGCUCCUGCCCUGCACCUCACUUUGGAACAUUAUUGCAACCUAGUGUGAGUCAAUGCAAGUAACCUCUUAUAAACUAUAUUGCCAUAUAAACUGAUCAAACUUACAAAUUUAGGACUGAAAUGACUGUUACACUUUAUUUUGUUUCCACCAUUUUCUAUACUUAACAAGGUAAUUUUUCAUCAUAUCGUGUAUGGGCAUACUGUGUUCUUCUGAGCAUCUUCAAACUUAAUCGACCACUGUACAGUAUAAUGACCACUUGUUUGUGUAAAGUGUAAAUUCUGAAUGAAAUUGUAUCAUUGACUGAGAAUUUCAAAAUGACAUUUGUCUCUGUGCUAUUAUCAUUUGUAUUAUGAAUAAUGGAGCCAUAACCAUAACUGUAUUAUGAAGAUUACUGCCUUAUUUUUUUUGCCCAUUAAACACUUU